GGCGUAGGCCCCGCGGCCUGCGCCCGCUCGCCGGCCUCACCCCCGGCCCUCUGCCGGUCGGGACCCAGCGGCCCGGGUCCGCGGCUUCCGGGGCGCCCGGGACACCCCGACUGCUCCGCCCUGUCCAAUGGGAGGGCCCGAGAGGCCCGCACCCCAUGCCGGAGGCCGGGUGGUUUGGCGUCUCAGAGGGGCCCGAGGGCGCGGAAGCCGAGGCCUCCUCCCGCCGCAACCUCGCGCGGUGGAGAAAUGGGGAGGUCCCGAGCUGGGAGCCCGCGGGAGCUACCGGCCAGCUGCUGCCGCUGCGAAGCUGACAUCGCCUGCUUUGCAGCCACAGAUGGGAAACUCUUGUCUAAUGAUGUGACUCAUUACGUGAUCCCAGACUGGAAAGUUGUUCAAGAUUAUCUUGAGAUCCUUGAGUUUCCUGAGUUGAAGGGAAUUAUUUUCAUGCAGACAGCUUGUCAAGCUGUGCAGCAUCAAAGAGGCCGGAGACAGUAUAACAAACUGCGAAACCUGCUGAAGGAUGCGCGUCAUGAUUGCAUUCUCUUUGCCAAUGAAUUCCAGCAAUGCUGCUAUCUGCCACGGGAAAGAGGAGAGUCCAUGGAGAAGUGGCAGACCAGGAGCAUAUACAAUGCAGCUGUUUGGUACUAUCAUCACUGCCAGGACAGGAUGCCGAUUGUUAUGGUGACGGAAGAUGAAGAGGCAAUUCAGCAGUAUGGAAGUGAAACAGAAGGAGUAUUCGUGAUUUCUUUCAAGAAUUACCUGGACAAUUUCUGGCCUGAUUUAAAAGCUGCCCACGAGCUUUGUGAUUCUAUCCUUCAGUCUCGACGGGAGAGAGAGAAUGAGAGUCAGGAGAGCCAUGGAAAGGAGUAUCCAGAACAUCUUCCCCUGGAAGUGUUAGAAGCUGGGAUUAAAUCUGGACGGUAUAUCCAGGGAAUUCUGAAUGUCAACAAACACAGAGCCCAAAUAGAAGCUUUUGUUCGACUUCAAGGAGCCAGCAGUAAAGAUUCAGAUUUAGUCAGUGACAUCCUAAUCCACGGGAUGAAGGCUCGAAACCGCUCAAUUCAUGGAGAUGUGGUAGUUGUGGAGCUGCUCCCUAAAAAUGAAUGGAAAGGAAGAACUGUAGCCCUGUGUGAGAAUGACUGUGACGACAAGGCUUCGGGCGAGUCCCCAAGUGAGCCCAUGCCUACAGGUCGAGUGGUGGGCAUACUUCAGAAGAACUGGCGGGAUUAUGUGGUGACAUUUCCAUCCAAAGAAGAGGUCCAAUCUCAGGGCAAAAAUGCUCAGAAAAUCCUGGUUACACCUUGGGAUUACAGAAUUCCCAAAAUUCGAAUUAGCACUCAGCAAGCAGAAACUCUCCAGGACUUCAGGGUGGUCGUGCGCAUCGAUUCCUGGGAGUCAACAUCUGUGUAUCCAAAUGGACAUUUUGUGCGUGUUUUAGGAAGAAUCGGAGAUCUGGAAGGGGAAAUUGCAACCAUCCUGGUGGAAAACAGUAUUUCAGUUAUUCCUUUCUCAGAAGCUCAGAUGUGUGAGAUGCCAGUAAACACACCAGAAAAUCCCUGGAAGGUGAGUCCUGAAGAGGAACAAAAACGUAAAGACUUGAGGAAAAGCCAUCUCGUAUUCAGCAUUGACCCCAAAGGUUGUGAAGAUGUGGAUGACACACUCUCAGUCAGAACCUUAAAUAAUGGCAACCUGGAACUUGGGGUCCACAUCGCAGAUGUAACACACUUUGUGGCACCAAAUUCUUACAUUGAUAUUGAAGCUAGAACAAGGGCCACCACUUAUUAUCUAGCAGAUCGUCGCUAUGACAUGCUGCCUUCCGUCCUCAGUGCCGAUUUGUGUUCCCUUCUGGGAGGCGUUGAUAGGUAUGCUGUAAGCAUCAUGUGGGAACUGGAUAAAGCCUCUUAUGAAAUUAAGAAAGUGUGGUAUGGCAGAACCAUUAUUCGAUCAGCAUACAAACUGUUCUAUGAAGCAGCCCAAGAACUACUGGAUGGAAACUUAAGCGUUGUUGAUGAUAUUCCAGAAUUCAAAGACUUGGAUGAGAAGAGCAGACAAGCCAAGCUGGAGGAGUUAGUGUGGGCAAUUGGAAAGCUGACUGACAUAGCUCGCCAUGUCAGAGCUAAACGAGACGGAUGUGGUGCCCUGGAACUGGAAGGGGUAGAGGUUCGCGUACAGCUAGAUGACAAAAAGAACAUUCACGACCUCAUCCCCAAGCAGCCCCUGGAAGUCCACGAGACAGUGGCUGAAUGCAUGAUCCUGGCCAACCACUGGGUCGCCAAAAAGAUCUGGGAGAGCUUCCCUCAUCAGGCCUUGCUGCGCCAGCACCCUCCUCCACACCAGGAGUUCUUUUCGGAACUCCGGGAAUGUGCUAAAGCCAAAGGCUUCUUCAUAGAUACACGGUCCAAUAAAACACUGGCUGAUUCUCUGGAUAAUGCGAACGACCCCCACGAUCCCAUCGUGAACAGGCUGCUGCGCUCCAUGGCCACGCAGGCCAUGUCGAAUGCUCUGUAUUUCUCCACCGGAUCCUGCGCAGAGGAGGAGUUCCAUCAUUACGGUGAAUCAUACCAUAUUCCUAUGUGUGGCUGUAACUUUGCGCUAGUUACUUUAAAAGAGUUUUUGUUUAUUUUGAUCUUUUGCUUUCUUUUUGAAGGUCUUGCAUUAGAUAAAUAUACCCACUUUACUUCUCCAAUAAGAAGAUAUUCAGAUAUUGUAGUACACCGCUUGUUAAUGGCAGCCAUUUCAAAAGAUAAGAAAAUGGAAAUUAAGGGAAAUUUGUUCAGCAACAAAGAUCUUGAGGAAUUAUGCAGACAUAUCAACAACAGAAACCGAGCAGCACAGCAUUCUCAGAAGCAGUCUACUGAGCUCUUCCAGUGCAUGUACUUCAAAGACAAAGACCCUGCCACCGAGGAGCGCUGCAUAUCUGAUGGAGUAAUUUAUUCAAUUAGAGCAAAUGGUGUGCUUGUAUUUAUACCAAGGUUUGGGAUUAAAGGUGCUGCUUAUCUAAAAAAUAAAGAUGGUUUAGUCAUCUCAUGUGGCCCAGAUAGCUGUUCUGAAUGGAAACCAGGAUCCCUUCAACGAUUUCAAAACAAAAUUACCUCUACUACAACAGAUGGGGAAUCUGUUACGUUCCAUUUGUUUGACCAUGUAACCGUAAGAAUAUCCAUACAGGUCUCACGUUGCCAUUCUGAUACAACCAGACUCGAAAUAAUUAGUAACAAACCAUACAAGAUACCAAAUACAGAACUUAUUCAUCAGAGUUCCCCCUUGCUGAAGAGUGAGUUAGUGAAAGAAGUAACUAAAUCUGUGGAAGAAGCUCAGCUUGCCCAAGAAGUCAAAGUAAACAUCAUUCAGGAGGAAUAUCAAGAAUAUUGCCAAACAAAGGGAAGGAGCCUAUACACACUUCUAGAGGAGAUACGGGACCUAGCUCUCCUGGAUGUUUCAAACAAUUAUGGAAUAUGAGAGGCUCUUACUUCACUAAGAGCUGUCAUAUGUGAAUGUUUUACAGUCUUUUCAAACUUAACAUUUAAUGUGUGUCACUCAGUGCUCUAGUCGAUCAGGACUGGGUAGCUAUUUCACAUAUAUGCAAAAUGUUCUCAGCCGGACGCGGUGGCUCACCUCUGUAACCCCAGCACUUUGGGAUGCUGAGGUGGGCGGAUCACGAGGUCAGGAGAUUGAGACCAUCCUGGUUAACACGGUGAAACCCAGUCUCUACUAAAAAUACAAAAAUUAGCCCGGCGUGGUGGCAUACGCCUGUAUUCCCAGCUACUUGGGAGGCUGAAGCAGGAGAAUUGCCUGAACCCAGGAAGAGGAGGUUGCAGUGAACCGAGAUCACGCCACUGCAUUCCAGCCUGGGCGACAGAGCGAGACUCCAUCUCAAAAAAAAAAAAAAAAAAAAAAAAAAAAGUUAUUCAUUAAAGUUGCAUUAAAUAAAGUAUAAUUAGGUCACUAUGGAAACAGAGUUUUCAGUAAUGAGUGGACAGUAAGUGGUGGCUCUGCAGAUUGCUAGCCCCUUUCUAAUAAGUUUAAUAAACCCAAAAUUAUUGGUUA